AUGUUAUCAACAAGAUUUUCAGUAAACUCAGCUCAGAGAGCGUACAGAGAAUCUCAAGCAAGUCGCUUAAAUUGGUUUAAUGUCAAUGGUAUCUCGCCUGACUAUUAUAUAACUAUUAAACUUUCCAGAAAUCCAGUCUCACCGACUGACAGAUCAACAGUAAGAACAACAAUUCUUGCGCUUUUAAAUAAUUCUCGAUCUCCAAGAAAAAAGAUUAAAUUAGUGCAACGUCGUCGUUCAAAAGUGCUCAUAUUUUUCAAUAGUGAAAGUGACCUACAAACGUUCGUUACGGACCAAGCCCAAGUACUAAGAAACUGGGAAUACCAAACUCAUCUUCCAACUGACUCAGUGAUUAAAUUCACGAUCCCCAAAACUUUCUCAUCUGACCAAAAGUUGACUCUAACUGAACUUUUUGUAGCUCAGAACAACUUAACACCAGAUCAAACCACAAAAAUCAUCCAUCUUGUUACUCAUCAAGCCAACUCAACCACUUUCUUGGUUCAAAUUAGCCAAGAAAACAGAGAAAAACUCCUAAACGAGGACUACUGGGUUCAUCUCUUCAAAUACACCGUUCGUUCAUAUGACCAUCUAAUAAUCAAACUUUGUGAAAAUUGUUGGUUAUUCAAUCAUUAUUAUAAUAAUUGUGCAAGACUGCCCAAGUGUAAACUGUGUUCUGAACCCCAUGAUCAGAACGUCUGUGAACUAAAUCCUCAAAUUCAACAGUUAAAGUGUGCCUCCUGUCAACCCCCUUAUAACAAUCAUCAAACAGCAGACAUAAUCUGUCCACUCCUGAUUCAAAACAUCAGACAAGUAACCAAGAACCUUGUUAAACUUCAAACUCCGUGGCUUAUCUUACCUCCUCAAUUCCCAAUUGAACAUGGACCUCUACCAUCUUAA